UGGCAUCUAAUAUGCCGUUGCCCAGAGUCUUAGACCCGCUCCCGUGUAUUUUAGACCUGAUUUUUAUGGUUAUAUGUUACAAAGCCUCCAACAGUUUUCAACAACUCAUUUUGAUGGAUGUUUCCAGAAAUUAUUGGUAAAAACUACAUAUUGUCUCUUUAAUAAAAAUACUUAUAACUGGAUUAUACCUUGACAAACGGCCCCAGGAGCUACAGGUAGGGACAAAAUAAAACACCUUGACGUGACCUGACCCUGCAUUUCCAACCUGUUCCAGAACGCACAGAUGCUGCCUCCUCUUCCUCCUCCUCCUCCUCAGCCCCGCCCCCCGCCACCUGGCUCUGCUGCGCACCGCCGACUGGAGGCAGAGCGCCGCUACUCCUCUUCCUCACACCAACAGAGAAGCAGAAUCCACCAGAACCUCCAGACUGAAUGUGCGCGCGCCUGUGAUUUAUUCCCUUCCAUUCUUUGAAAACAAGCAGCAUUUCUCCGGAGCAGAAAGUGACGCGUAAAGGAUUCUUUAUUUUUCCAGAAGAGGGAAGUGAAACGACAGAAAAAGGAGAGGCGGUACAGCAUCCUCCCUUUUUUCUUCCCUCCCGGUUCUCCCACCCUGAAUCUCCUCAGCCAUAAGUGAGCUUCUCCCCUCAUUCUCCUCUUGUCGGAGUUUCCAUCCUCUUUUUCUCCGAUCCUUUGGAAGUGGACCUCCGGAGCCCCGAGAGCUGGCUGGACUCCGUUAGUUUUCCCGAACCAGGCGGAUCCUCUUAAGCGCGUCAACGGGACUGGGAAUCAUUAAGCCUCCUCACACCGCCGUGCCGCAUGGUGGGAAUCUCAGCCUCCUUUCAGUAUCGCACUGGGAAGCGCUCCACCAUGCCCGACUCACCUGCGGAUGUCAAGACACAGUCCAGGUUGACGCCCCCCACCAUGCCACCCCCACCCAGCACGCAGGGGGCACCCCGUAACAGCUCCUACACCCCCACCACGUUAACCAACGGCAGCAGCCAUUCGCCGACAGCCCUCAACGGUGCCCCGUCUCCUCCUAACGGCUACAGCAACGGGCCCAGCUCGUCUUCUUCGUCCUCUCUGGCCAAUCAGCAGCUGCCGCCGGCGUGCGGCGCCCGGCAGCUCAGCAAGCUCAAGCGUUUCCUCACGACACUACAGCAGUUUGGAAACGACAUCUCACCGGAGAUCGGCGAGCGAGUCCGUACAUUGGUGCUGGGCCUUGUGAAUUCCACGCUAACCAUCGAGGAAUUUCACUCCAAGCUCCAAGAAGCCACCAACUUCCCGCUGCGACCUUUUGUCGUCCCUUUUCUAAAGGCCAACCUGCCGCUCCUUCAGCGAGAGCUGCUCCAUUGUGCCAGGCUAGCCAAGCAGAACCCAGCUCAGUACCUGGCCCAGCAUGAGCAGCUGCUCCUGGACACCAGCACCACGUCCCCGGUGGACUCGUCAGAACUGCUGCUGGACGUCAACGAGAACGGCAAAAGGAGAACGCCAGACAGAACCAAAGAGAACGGCUUUGAACGAGAAGGGCCCUUACACCCGGACGUCCACCCCAGCAAACGACCUUGCACCAUAAGCCCCGCCCAGCGUUUCAGCCCUUCCAAUGGGAUCUCUUACCAGCCUAAUGGCAUGCCCCAUCCAGGUCCACUCCCUCCGCAGCACUACAGGCUAGACGACAUGGCCAUCGCCCAUCAUUACCGUGACACGUACAGACACCCGGCCUCUAAUCAUCGAGAGAUCCGAGAGCGAGCCAGACCCAUCGGAAUGCAUGCAGGAGCGAGGCAGGAGGAAGUGAUUGACCACAGGCUGACGGACAGAGAGUGGGCCGAGGAGUGGAAGCACCUUGACCAUGUAAGAAAACUGCUGAACUGUAUAAUGGACAUGGUGGAGAAAACGAGGCGCUCUCUGACGGUGCUGCGGCGGUGUCAGGAGGCCGAUCGGGAGGAGCUCAACUACUGGAUCAGACGAUACAGCGAUGCUGAAGAGCUGAAGAAGGGUGCUGCUAGUGGGCAGUCGAGGCAGCAGAGCCCAGCGGCGCAGGAAAAUGCGACACCAGAAAUCCAUAGAGAGCUUCUACACCGACCUGUGUCAGGCUACGUUCCUGAAGAGAUCUGGAAGAAAGCCGAAGAGGCGGUGAAUGAAGUGAAGCGGCAGGCCAUGUCUGAGCUGCAGAAAGCAGUCUCCGAGGCGGAACGUAAAGCUCACGAGAUGAUCAGCAGCGAGCGCGCCAAGAUGGAGCGCACAGUCGCCGAGGCGAAGCGUCAGGCAGCUGAAGAUGCCCUCUCCAUCAUCAACCAACAGGAAGACUCCAGCGAGAGCUGCUGGAACUGCGGUCGUAAGGCCAGUGAGACGUGCAGCGGCUGCAACACAGCUCGCUACUGCGGCUCCUUCUGCCAGCACAAGGACUGGGAGAAGCACCACCACGUGUGCGGCCAGACCCUCCAGGCCCAGCAGCAGCAGCAGCAGCAGUCUGGACAGCAGCAAGGAGGCGUUCCCGGGUCAGAGACUCCCGCUCCCAUCAGCUCAUCCGCCUGCACUCCGAGCAGCGGGACCGGGAGUCCGGCCGCAACCCCGCCUGCCGCUACGCCAAGGUCGUCCACGCCCAGCACCCCGUCCUCCUCCGCCAUGGACGGCACACCACGCUAAGAGACUCGCACAGUGCCAAAAAGCUAACCGGGUGUAACGACCAGCUCGGCUCUCAACCCCACAAACAGCACGACUGUUUACAUGUCUGCAUCGCCUUGUGAGGAAUCCGUGAUGGCAGUGCUUGGGUCUAACGCGCAGCGCAGUGGUCGGAGGAGGACGACGAGGUUCAUUAUCAGGUCAUAUUGACUUGCCAUGACUUUAAAGAAACACAAAGAUAUUCUUUGUUUUGAAUGAAUGAAUUGAAAAACCGACAUCCUUUUAUUGUUACACUUUUGCUAUUCUUGUUGUAUGUUUGUCGUCGUACCUAUUGUCGGUAAUCUUGUUGUCAUUGCAGCUUAUUUUGGUUUCCCUCUGUAAAUAUGAAGAGACUGAUCUGAGGCAGCCCCGAACCCAAGACCGUUGUGUCUUACUUCCUCUUUUAAUUGGUUUUACUUUUCAUCCUUAAACUAAAGUUGGUCUGGGACACGAAGAUAGUCAGUUUCAGACAUUUUACCUGAAAAACAUGACCGGAAGCAGCACUAGAAUUACCAACAAUACACACGAAGAUUGGUAUUAGAUUUAAAUCCUCACAGACUGAUGAAUAAAUGAGUUUCCUGCCUUCACAGAGAAGAGGGGAUGGACUGUACCUCUGGCCCUCAGACCGCCAUGAAAUGGGCAGAUGUGCAGCAGAUUGCAAGUGGAGCCAGCUGUUCAGCCAAUGUUAUUUCCCCCUCACUUGUCAAAAUAUCCAGGUCAGUGGGCUGUGGAAUACAAAAACACCCCUCAGAAGGAAGAUUUCCUGGACGAGAUGCAAAACUCUGCCCACCGCUCACAUGAAGGAUGAAUUGAAAACAAUCUACUUUAGCAUGCUCUUCCGCUUCAUGGGUAUCAGAAGCAGUCUGAUGAACAGGAAGUGAGGUCACCAUCCUGGCUGCGAGACAGUCAGACCGCCUGGAUGUAGCUGGAAUCCUGCGGCGUGGAGAUUCAACCCAGACGCUACCACAUCUCGUUUUCCUAAUUCAUUUUCUGUAGAAGUCCUGAUGUCCUGUGCCAUCACUAAUGGUUAUUUAUUACAAAUGUGUUGGACGGUUGUGGCGACGCAUUGUACCGUAACAGUCACAACUCAAAGUCCUCUCUAGCUGGUACAAAAGAGACACAAAGAGGCUUCCCUUUUUUCCCCCCAGAGCUGCUUUUCUGUUUUGUGUGUUGGUGGUAGAUUCUCCGUAGUUCCAUGAGUUUUAUUCCCCAGAACCACCGGAAGAAAAGACACAAGCUAAAUCUCAGAGCUGCUACUUGAGUCUGACCCAGAUCUUUUCUGAGACCCAGCAUGUUGCGUGGAAUGCUAAACCUAAAUGUUUUGUACAAGGGACGUACAUAUAUGUAUUUGCACUGUCAGACAUUUUUUUUAUUAUUGUUUUGGCAUGCUUCUUUUUGUUGUCUCUCUAGAGCCAUAACUCAUCAGAUAUUUAGUACGUAGUUGUAGGUUUUCCUUCUUUUUGUUCAACAGAGGAGUUAAGGGGAUAUAAAAGGCCUGUUUCCACUAUCGAAACUUCUUGGUAAUGUUUUCUAACCUUUGUGGCAUGUCUCCAUUUCAUCUGGCCCGCUGUUUCCCGUGCCACUUCAGGGACCAAUUGAGUACCUGAACAUCAGUAUGUUCUUGGAAAUGGCCCGGUAAAGUAACUGGACAAGACUUGGUUAACUUAUGCUAGGAAUUUGACAAAUAACCAUAAAAAUCAGCCGUAAUUUACGCAGCUUUUUUGCCUCCUACAGAGGCGCUUCUGGUCACCGAAUGUCACUUUUUACAUGACACAGCUCCUGCUUCCCUGAAUGGAUUAAAUUACAAUAUUCUUUAAAGUAACACAAGACAGUUUUUUUUACUUUAAGCUAGAGCUUUAACAUUAAACUCAGUGAUUUUUGAGUUAGAAAGUAGACCAGCUUCAUAUCUGACACCACUCUGCAGCCCUCUGCUGACCAAAAACCACUCUUGAUAGUUUUGUGGAGCAGGUAGGUGUCCUAGGGGUUACCUGUUUAAUUGCUGUUAGCUCUAAUGCUAGCACUUAGCAUUUUCAGUCCACCAAUCUUCAAUAAAAAGCACAAUAAGAGGGAAAAAGAAGUUUUGUUGGCAUGAUGGUGGAGCCUGGAAGUAAAAGUAAGAGAGGAAUGUCUUUGAAGUUGAAGCAAAGAGCUAAAACCAGAGUGAAUAUCAGCGCUGCCUACGCUAGUUUGAGGGUGCUAAAGAAGGCUACAAAAUCAUGACCUGAUAGUGACCUGGCUUUGUUGCUACUAGACUUGUGGGGAACUUUUUACUUCGUGGUUUAUUUUAGUAUCAGUUGGCUCAUGUUAGACUUAGCUUGUUGUUAGCGCCAGCACUUUCAACCAAUACCAUAGGGCGGAGGAGCAGAAAACUGUCUAGUGUUACUUUAUUGGAACAAAAUGUUUCUGAUGUUAUUGAUGUUUGUGGACACCUUUUAGUGCUGAUCAGUGACAUCACUUACUGUCAAAAUAGCCACGAUACGCUGGCAUCUUAAAGGGACCAGUCACAGCUGAGAGGUUCAAGCCAUUGUACUUACCCUGUCGUUGUCCACACCUCAGAGACUUCCUGGAACUUCCAUUGUGGAAACACGUCUAAAGACACCAAAUUACUGUUUUUGUACUCAACAUACUAAAAAUCAGCAUCCAUGAUGUUUUUCUUUGAACAGCUACAGACAGUGCAUGCACAUUACUGAACGUUUGUUAUAUAUUUGGGAUUCUAUUUCUUUUUUUUUAUUGUUUGUUUUCUAGAAAAUUGCAAAACAACCAAAAAAGAAAAAAAAUAUGAAAAAAAAGAAAAAAAUUCUUCUAAACAAAGUGAUUUUUCCAAAUGCAGAGGUGUAGACUCCGAUUGACAGCUUUAACACUGCAAAGCACCAGGUAACACACACACACACACACACACACACACUCUUGUUCAACAUCAAGAUACCUAAAACAGCCAAAGACCAACACCAAGGACCAACAUCCUAAAUCAAAAGAUGUUUAGAUAUUUAUUCUCAAACAAGUUUGGUUUACACUGUAAUGACCAAAAGUUCAAUUCAGUUUUAUUUUAACCCUUUGUGGUUAUCAACAACUUCCAUGAAACGUAACACUUAAUGCAGUGAAACAUUUUACUUGGAGCAAUAAUAAUGAAUGUGACAUGAUGACCUUUUCAACCAUUUUGAAGCAGAAUUCAAGCUUCAUCCUGAUAUUUUAUGUGCAGUUUUAUGAAGACCAAGUUCACUUGUUUUUUUUAACAUAUCUGCAGUGGCCUCUAGCAUACAUUAAUUUUAUGAGGUGGUUUCUGUGAGGAAGGGGAGAACUCUGGUGCUCUUGUUUCAGGCUCAAGAAGUGAGCCAGAAGAGUGGGGUGGCAGGAGAUGGCAGGAUUUUGAGUCUUAUUUCCUGACUUUAAAACAUCUUGCCUCUGAUUGGCUGACAGCAAUGCGACUCUACCGCUUACUCUAUUUGCUGAAUGUUGAUGUUUUAUCUCCACAAAUAACACAAGCCUGAAGGAGUUCUGCUGUGUAGGGCUAAUGCUAACAGUUAGCUUCUACUAGCUGAGACAUUCUCAGUUGUUUCAUGAACGAUAAACCAACAGCAGCCCCCCACCCCGUCGCGAGAAAAAAUGGGUGAGUCCAAGAACGUAGCCACUGAUAGAAAAUAGAUGAGGAAACACUCAAAUUGGAAAAUUGCCUAAAAUAAUCUCAAAUUAACAUUUAUGGACUCACCCAUUUUGGCUCACAACGGGGAAGGCUGUUGUUGUUUUCGCAUGCAGGAAAAAGAAUUGACUGAAUUGGUUAGCAGGCGCUAACCGUUAGCAUUAGCACCUCAACCGCAUGGCAGAAGCUCGAGGCUUGAGUUAUUUAUUGAGAUGGUGAUAGAGAUGAGAUGUCCUAAUAUCAGGAAAUAAGACUCCAAAUCCUUCCGUCUGAUGCAGCAGACUUGUCCCUGCUGAUCCAGGCGCUUCUGGGCUUUUUUCUCCCUGAGCUCGACUUACAAGGCAUUCAUUCCUACCAGAGACCACUGAAAACGCAUUGAUUUCAAAGUAUUCAACACCUUUAUGAUUCAGUGAGUUGGGCUUUUGCUUCAAUAAUAUGUUGUAGUUUUUGUUUUAAUUUUAUUUUACGGAAAUUAUGUGUUUGGUUUCAGUUUUUGUCACAAAACAGGCUGUCACAAAAUCAGUGUAAAUCAAACAAACCCCUCGUAUUUGCGGUGAAAGACCACUUGACACACACACACACACAUAUCCCAAACACCUUGGUGCUACACAGGAACGUGUUAUUUAAAACUAACAAUAAUAAAUCCUAACCUCAAGGAACAAGUGGACGCCCACAAAGUCCGGGGCAUUUCGCUUUUCUAGACCUACUCUUUUCUUCCCUCUUGUAUAGUUAAAACACACACCUGCAUCUUUGACUUUAAAGUGUUAAAAUCAUCCAAAUAGGUGUCUGACACCCAACUAGCAAACUUCUCAGAAGCUGUGAAAAGGCAGCAAAGCUGUUAGAACUCACUUAUUUAAAAAUACACAAAAAAUGACGCGUGUCGCUAUUUUCAGGGUGAAAUCUGAUCAAAACCAAGUUUAUCAGUCAGCAGUCCUUAGAAAGCUCUAUAUUUUCUUGUCUUUUAUCCCUCCUCUAUCUGUUUUUGCUACAAAUUCCUCGGUGGCGAACAAGUCUCACUCUACCUCUUACAGCACGAUAAGAGCAUCAGUGGUGGCGCUGAUACUGGUCUAGUCGAAACCAAAUGGGCACAAAAGAACAGGAAAAUAAAAAUAACCAAAAGUCGAAGCUCGUACAGCUGCAAAACCAUAUCACUACUUGGUAACAAUGCAGACCUCAUAAAUAAAUAAAUAAACAUAAACAAAGAGAAACAAGAAAAUGAAAGGUUUUGUUGUGUUCCUGCGGCGUUUCGUCAACGGUCUGAACGGAUCUAAAUGACAAAGUGCAAAUUUAAAGGAAAAUCUUUUUGAUUUCUACGAUGAAAUACAAGGAUAAUGUUUCUCUUGCUGUUUUUCCCUCCCUUUCUCUGUUGUGAAGACAUGCUGAUGUGCUUGUUGACUUGUCAGCUGGGGAUUCACAAAAGGCAAACGUAAAAAAAUAGAGUAUAUAUAUAUAUAUAUAUAUAUAUGUAC